AUGCCGGCAACAUCAACAUCAAAGAGGAAGAAUACACCAACAUGGGCCUCUCGAACUGAAUCCCUUGGAUAUGAUCCUGUAGAUACGUUGGCUGCCAUCGGAUCGCUCAGAGCUCAAGUCCCAGUUACUGUUGCUCCAUUAGUCCUGGUUUCUCAGGUCUACUCCAUCAUCACUUCCAGUACUGUCGUGGACCGUGAAAUCGACUCGCUGUGCAAAGCAGGCACAUUACGUAGAUUCAGGCUUGGAUCUGGUCGUCACGCUGUGAUGCUUAUGACGGACUACUUGGAUCAAAUACGUGAAACGUUGACUGACUUGGCUGAACUAUCACAACGAUACUCUGCUUUCAUAUCGAGUGCUACUCAUGAUGGUGUUGAUAUCACGAGAGCUGUUUUGGUUGACAAGAUUCAAACUAGUGACGAUGACAUAACUGAGCUACUAAAAGCUGGCUUCUUGACACACAAAUCAGUCGACGAAUAUUACAUCUCAGCACGAUCAAUCGGUGUCUAUUGGGGAUCAUAUAUUCGUGGUCGGCAAGAGCUUCUGUUGUGGUUGAAACGUAAACAGUUUCGUCAAGUGCUUCAGUCACUACUGGAGCAAAAGACGUUAAAGCAGUGUCUGUUACCCUCCAAACUAAUACUAGCUGAUUUGCUUGGAUGUGGAUUUGUCGAGUUGGUCGUUACGCCAAUGGGAAAUAUGAUUAAGUUGACGAGGAAGGCUGAAGAGGGUGCAAGUUCUAGCAGGUAG